AUGACAUGGCGCUGCUGCCCGUGGUGUAUGACGGAGGACGAGAAGACGGCGGCCCGGAUCGACCAGGAGAUCACCAAGAUCCUUCUAGAACAGAAGAAACGGGAUCGCGGGGAGCUGAAGCUGCUGUUGCUGGGCCCCGGCGAGAGCGGGAAGAGCACCUUCAUCAAGCAGAUGCGCAUCAUCCACGGGGCGGGCUACUCCGAGGAGGAGCGGCGGGCCUUCCGGCCCCUGGUCUACCAGAACAUCUUCGUGUGCAUGCAGGCCAUGAUCGAGGCCAUGGAGCGGCUGCAGAUCCCUUUCUGCAGGCCCGAGAGCAAGCACCAUGCCAGUCUGGUCAUGAAGCAGGACCCCUACAAAGUGGCCACGUUUGAGAAGCGCCUCUCACUGGCCAUGCAGUGGCUGUGGAGGGACCCCGGCAUCCGCGCCUGCUACGAUCGGCGGCACGAGUUCCACCUGCUCGACUCGGCCAUGUACUACCUGUCCCACCUGGAGCGCAUCGCCGAGGAAGGCUACAUCCCCACCGCGCAGGAUGUGCUCCGCAGCCGCAUGCCCACCACCGGCAUCAACGAGUACUGCUUCUCCGUGCAGAAGACCAACCUGCGGAUCGUGGACGUCGGGGGCCAGAAGUCAGAGCGCAAGAAGUGGAUUCACUGCUUUGAAAACGUGGUCGCACUCAUCUACCUGGCCUCGCUGAGCGAGUACGACCAGUGCCUGGAGGAGAACAACCAGGAGAACCGCAUGAAGGAGAGCCUGGCCCUGUUUGGCACCAUCCUGGAACUGCCCUGGUUCAAGAGCACAUCCGUCAUCCUCUUCCUCAACAAAACCGACAUCCUGGAGGAGAAGAUCCCCACCUCCCACCUGGCCACCUACUUCCCCAGUUUCCAGGGCCCCAAACAGGAUGCUGAGGCAGCCAAGAGGUUCAUCCUAGACAUGUAUACGGGCAUGUACUCGGGCUGUGACGAGGAUGCCAAGGGCAGCAAGAAGACCCCGCGCUCCCGCCGCCUCUUCAGCCACUACACGUGCGCCACGGACACGCAGAACAUCAAAAAGGUCUUCAAGGACGUGCGGGACUCCGUGCUCGCCCGCUACCUGGACGAGAUAAACCUGCUGUAACCCAGGACCC